AUGACCUUUUGCGUGACAGAGUUGGACGUUCCCUUCAAUCACUGCAGUAAUAUCGAUUCCCAUUCAAAUCAAGCAAUGUCGAAAGAAUUUUCCGAGGAGGAUAUCGCCGUGCACGAUACACCGGAUGACCUAUGGCUGGCGAUUAAUGACAAAGUCUAUGACUUCACGGAUUUUGCGCCAGAUCACCCCGGAGGUGCCGAGAUCAUCUACCAGUAUGCUGGCAAGGAUGCGAGUGAUGAAUAUAACAGUUUCCACGCGCCUUCAUUAGUACAGAAAGCACUAGAUGCCAAAUAUCACCUCGGAUCUCUCAAAGUGUCCAAGAGCAACAAGAAGAAGAAGGAAUCGGAGUCCCGUGGGCAAGCAAAGACCAAAACAAGAGGCCCCAAUGAAAGACCUCCUCUGCGCGACAUAAUCAACUUGCACGACUUUGAGAACGUGGCAUCAACAGCAUUAGCAAAAAAGGAAUGGGCGUACAUCAGCGGUGGAGCAAACGAUAAUCUCACCCGUGACGCGAACGCCUCGAUCCUCGGAAGGAUCUGGCUACGACCGGCAGUCAUGAGAGACGUCCGGACAGUCAACACCACAACUGAGCUAUUUGGGUGCAAUCUCCAGUUGCCGGUAUAUAUCUCACCGACUGGUGCGGCCCUGACGGGUGGUGAACAAGGAGAGCUCGCAUUAGCCAAAGGAGCAGCAAAGACGGGCAUCAUUCAGACACUGGCGACACCCUCAUCUUUCCCGCAUGAAGAUGUUCUUGACGUCACGCCGGAACGCGCCUUUUUCCAGUUAUACGUGAACAAGAACCGAAAACUGUCAGAAGACCUGCUGAAAAAGGUCACAAAAACCGGCAAGAUCAAGGCAGUCUUUGUCACAGCAGAUUUACCCGUCGUGUCCAAGCGAGAAGCUGAUGAGAGGGUUAAAAGCGAGAACGCCGGACCAGGGGAAGAUUGGAAAGGAUCGGGACUGGCACGUCAGACGGGCUCGUUCAUCGAUCCAUCUCUGAACUGGGAUGAUAUCACUUGGCUCCGUGCUCAGGUCGACGUCCCAAUUGUUAUCAAGGGAAUUCAGAGAUGGGAAGAUGCUAAACUGGCUAUGCAACACGAUGUACAAGGUAUUGUCCUCAGCAAUCACGGAGGUCGCGCAGCAGACACAGCCCCUCCAGCAAUUUUGCUACUCUUGGAGCUUCAUAAGAACUGCCCCGAAGUGUUCAACAAGCUCGUCGUGUUAGUUGAUGGCGGAUUUAGAAGAGGUUCCGAUGUACUCAAAGCGAUCUGCCUUGGAGCAUCAGCUGUUGGGCUUGGAAGACCAUUUGCUUACUCAGUAGGCUACGGCGAAGACGGCGUCGAGCACGCCUUCAAUAUUUUACGAGACGAGUUGGAAACCGCGAUGCGUCUUUGCGGCUUGACGGACUUGGCAGAUGCCAGCCCUGACUAUGUAAACACUUCCGAUGUAGAUCAUCUUGUCCGCGUUGGAGGACAUCCUUACGCCCGAAAAGUGCGGAGACCAGGUUCCAAGCUUUGAUGAGGUCACGACAGAAUAGAGCUUGGGAAUAGCCGUGCGGGUAUCGACAUUCCGAGAAAUGCGCAUGGUUUUUCGGCAACUUCACGAUCGAUUAUCCUUCCGACCCGGCAUAAAUGGCGUGGCUAAGUUGACGAGGUUGCAAUAUCGGUACAGAAGAGGGUUGGGUGCUGAGAAGAAUGAGGGGAAUGAGUUAUAUUAGAUCUGGGGUUCAAUAUCUGUGCUUAGUUUGCAUUUUGCCACCGGGUAAAAUACGUAAAAUGAAGGAGGCCUGUCAAGUUCAAUGCCGAAUUAAUUGACAAUUUACUUG